AUGAGAUUGCUUAAUAUCCGCAGCCUCGAGUUCGCCGAGUUCCACGACGACGACCGGCCGAAUUACGCGAUUGCGUCCCACCGCUGGCACGACGGCUGCGAAGUUACACUCCAGGAUGUUCGAGAGAGGAGGAACUCUAACAAGAGCGGGUACAAGAAGAUCUUAGACUUUGCAGAAUACGUCAAGGAACAUAUCCCCGGGGUAGAGUGGGUGUGGAUUGAUACUUGUUGCAUAAACAAGGACAGCGCGGCGGAGCUUUCUGACGCAAUCAACUUGAUGUUCAACUGGUACCGCAAUGCCGAGGUGUGCAUCGCGUACCUCGCGGAUGUUCGGGCGGCAGACGACACGAGCGGCUUUGCACAGAGCGAGUGGUUUAGGAGGGGAUGGACUUUGCAGGAGCUGCUAGCACCGCGCUUCGUCGUGUUCGUAAUAGAAGCGUGGGAGGUUAUCGGAACCAAAGGUGCGUCUGUACACGGUGACAGCGGGAUUGACACAGGACCUAGUAUAGAGGAAGUCGUCGCAAGGAUCACGAAAUUACCGAAGCAGGCGCUAUACGACUACGGGACAAGCCAGAUCUACAGUGUCGAGGAGAGGUUCAAAUGGAUGGCAAGCAGGGGUACGACGCGCGAGGAGGACAUGUACUAUGCUCUCUACGGCAUCUUCGGCGUUACACCAGGUGCAAACUACGGAGAGGGACGCGACGGUGCGAAGCGGCGUCUCCUAGCGGCUAUACACUACCAGGAUAACCUCACCGCACAGCACGUAGAGCGGUUUCAGAAGAUGGCGGCCUGGCUCUCGCCGUCCGAUCCAUGGACGAGCCACGCCUCCGCACGUCAGCUGCAUAAGCCUCAGACUGGAGCCUGGCUAGUCCAGUCGGACCAGAAAGCAGGGUGUGGGAAGACAAUCCUAUGCUCUACGGCUGUGGAGGAUAAGCAGCGCCACAUCGACCUGCUCCAUUCGCUAGUCGCAUACGACAACGCAAAACGGAGCUUGCCCGGGGUCGAGGAGCUCGAGAAGAUACUAGUCUCCUGUUUCGAGUCGUACGAGAAGGUGUUUCUCCUACAUACACCCUAUAUCGGCAUUCUCGCUACGAGCCGCGAGCUACCGGACAUACGCGAAUCGAUAGCGAGGCUAGGGGCAACGCCGAUGUCUAUUGCUACACAUUCCGUCGACCUGUCGCGGGACCACCGGCUCUCUCGACUAGAUCCUAUAACCAAAGCGCUUAUCGAAGAGACAAUUUCCGAGCUAAAGAAGCUAAAAUCCACUCGGCCUAAAUUUGUAAAGGAGGCCUUAUACUCUCUAUCUACGACUCUAGACGGGACAUACGAGCGGAUAUUAACUAGAAUCGAACCGAAGUUACGCUUAGAUACUCUCAUAAUAGGCUAUUCUAGAACUACGAGAGAAUAG